GAGGAGUUGCUGGCAAGUGCUUGCACAGCACAGGAGUAACAGUUGAUCAAACAAGUUAUAUGGGAUGGUGACCUAAAUCGGAAUCAGUAUUUUAACAUAUAGAGUGUAUAGGAUGUAAUCUGUGUGUUUUGGAUAUGCUUUUGCACUGCUCUGUCUGAAAUAUCCAUUAAUUGUAUAUUAACAUUCAAAUCCACAUCAGCUCGCAAGUCAUCUUUCCUGUGAAAAUUCCAAUGAUGGAUUUAUCGAUCAGUUUACCUAUCAAUUGAAAUUUUUCAUAGUAGUGUAGGAGUUUUUCUUUAUGGAAUUUAAUAAUGUAACUUUUCAGAAAUUAAUCUGAAGUUGGGAAUUCCCACAAUAUCAGUAUGACAUGACUCUCAUUUCAAAAAUGAUGUCUUUAUUCAUUAUGAAGAAAAAGAGGUUCAAGUUUAAUGUUAACUUUAGACUUGAAGAGUUGUCUUCAGUUCCAUUCAUUAGUGGAUUGCUCUUUGCCAAAAUUCGGCUCUUGGAGGGAGGAAACUUUUCAGAACAAAGCACAAGGGAAGAAAUAAAGAACCACAGUGUAUCGUGGAGGACUUCGUACAAUUUCCAAUGUAAAGUAACAGCCAAUGCCAGCACAGGCUUUCUGGACCCCUGUGUGUGCAGAGUCUCUGUGCGUAUGGAUCAGAAAGGAGGGAAGGCAUAUCAGAAGCUGGGCUUUGUGGACAUUAAUCUGUCCGAGUUUGCUGGAUCUGGACACCAGACCAGGAAAUUCCUGUUGGAAGGUUAUGACUCCAAGCAUCGGCAAGACAACUCCACCAUUGAACUCACCUUGGAGAUGACCUUGAUCUCUGGUGACCCAGUUUUUAAAGUCCCACGUCACACCACUAAGUGGUAUGAUGAUAUAGACCAGCCAGCCGUUCGUAUAGAGGAAUGUAGUGAGGGCAGUCUAGCCUCUAACAGUGCCAGUAGUGGGUGUGGUAGUCUACCUCGCAAGGACCGUCCAAAUAUCAUAACAGAUUCUCCUGAAGUAGAUAUGCACCCCCAGAAUCCCGACAGUGAAGGAUUGAAGAAUCAUCAGAGAAAUGACAGCUAUACCAGUCAGCACUCACGAGGAUCUACAGGGUAUGCCUCCCUUGGCCAUAGUCGGCAGUCUAGUGUAGGGAGCGAGAAGAAUCCUUACGCUACUCACACAAGGAGCUCUAGCGCCGGCUCAGCUUUAAUCAAUGAUCUCACAAAAGGUGACAGGAGAAAGAAACUGGAAGAGUUGGAGAAGGGUAAACGGGUGGAUCAAACACGGGUGAAUGCUGGAGAGGUGGUGGAUGACUUGUUUAAAGAGUUCAUGAGUUCAACAGAACUCAGCACCAAAAACCAGCAGAGCACAGGUCUACAGCUUCAGUUUGACAAAGAAGGAAAUCCCUUUGUACGGUGACACAAUAUUUAAUUAACCAUGGCAGCAUUCCUUGGGAUGGUUCCUUGUUGAUCAUGGAGAACAAACCAGACUACAAGUCACACACAAAGACGGCUAACACAGUCCCAGAAAUGUUUUGUGAUAUAUUUAUUCAGAUUGCUGAAGACAUUGAGGUAUAUCAGCAUCUCUUUAUGUUACUUAAGGAUUUUAACUUGAGAUGGAAGGAGGCAGAAGUGAGAGAAAUGUGAAAAAGAAAACCAUUUCCGAGCCACUAAUAGGUUUUCAAAUGAAACUAAAUCACAUUUUACAAAAAAGUAAUAAUCUAUGUCAUCUACUGUAUUUAUUGUAAGUGCUCUAGAGAACAUAUACAUGUAAAUUACAUUAACUUUUUUUUAAUCAUUUACUGUUUUUAUUAAUCUCCAGACAAAUUAUUCAUUCAUAGGAAAAAAUGGUGCUUACAUUCACUUAAACAGUUUCACUUUCCAUCUAAUCUCACAGCUCUAAUGAAUGAAAUGGAUAAGUACCUGUACUGUGUUUAAGAAAACUUUAUGAUUCUGUGUAUGAUUUACAUGUACAUCGUCAUUUAAAAGCUAUUAGUAAAGGGUUUUUGUCUUUUUACAGAAGUUAUAACUAUGUUUGCAGUGUUGUAGAUUUUGUAGUCUUAGUCGAGCUCCCUUUCUUCUGUUGUGUAGGUCAUUAAGUAAACAGUUAUUUAAGAGGUGCCUUAAAACCUUUUAUUUUGAAAAAAUGCAUGACUGUCACAGGGACCAAAUCAUGGAUUACCAAAUUUUUAUUGAAUCAGUCGAGUUUUUUUUUUAAUUUGAAUGAUAAUUAUGUAUAAUUUGGUAGAGAAUUGAUUACCUGGGUUAUAUUUUUGCCUGAGAGACAUGGCAAAGUUUGUCUGUUGAUAUAAACAGAGAAUCAUGGAGUAUCAUGUAUGUCAGUGCUGAUCUUAAAAAAAAAAAUAUCCAACAUUUUGUGUCUUCAUUUUAUGUGUUCACACAUGCUCAGAAAAGUCUCAUUGAUGCCAAAGUAAAUGCUACGUAUGAUUAUUUUGUUUUAUAUUCGUAUUGUAAAAGUUUUAUUUUUUUAAUCAUUAAGUGAAAGAUUUUAACAGACAUUUGAGAUGUGCUAAAGUAUUAUUACAUGUAUUAUAAAACAGUCUUGUUUAAUAACUUGUACUAUGAAUUAGAUCCCAUCCCUUAGAACAGAUUAAAGAAGAAAUGUGCACAGUGAAAUCCAUAUGAAUUCUCCAUCAGAUCUGAAGGUGCUACAAGACAAUUCAAAUCUAGACCACGAUAUUGUACCUUGAUUUAUAAUGUCAUAGAAAUGAACUGCUGAUUCCAAAUUGGCCUAAUUCCAUCCAUGCUUUUUUCUUCCCUUUGAGAAAUAAGUGUAAAUCUUUAGUAUGCUGCUUAAAAUUAACUUGCACAUUUUUUUUUCUCCUUCAAACACAUCAUCACUUGAUUCUUAAUGAUGUAUGGUAAAUUACAUAAGAAUGGAGGCAGUAAUUCACCUUUGAGUGUAUCUGUACAAGCAGUUUGUUUUCUUUUAUUCUGAUCAUGGAAAUGCCAGUACAUGUAUUUUAAUUUUCAUUUUUGGUUUAAUAUUAAUUUAAAAGCUAGGUUUAUAAUAGAUAUCAUCUUAAUCUUUAAAAACUUGAUUUAAUUCUUGUAGAGUAUUUUUUUAUGUUAAGAAUCUGAAUGUUUACGGUAUAUCAGUGCAAGGUGUUUGAUAACUACCUGAAUUGUGAAUUUUACUGUAUUCUGGGAAGAUAGUAAGAAAGCUACUGCUGGCUAUACAGUUCUGGCAUUGUUAGCUAUACUUUUGUAAUUUUUUGUCAUGUUUUUGUGAAUAUACUCUCCUCUCUAGGUGUUGUACUACUUACAAUUUACAUGUAGUCACUCAGCUUUCAUAUCAUAGCACCUUACACAAGUGUCACUCUUUUUACCAUCGGAAUAGUUCCUACUAAAUAUGUGUAUUUGAAUAUAUAUCAGUAUUUAUAAAUAAAUGUUUGAAGAGAUGGUGAACAAGGAAAUCUGUACACAUGUCCCAUGUAUAAAAGUACUUUUUCAUGUAGAAUAAAUUGUUCUGUAAUUCUUCAUAGAUCAACAAGUAUUGUUAACUCCCUUUUUCUUGUGUUAUUAACAUUUAAUUUGACAGUGUUGCAAACAUGGUUUCAAAAUACAAUUGAAGUGCCUUUCGGAACCUUUUUCCCCAGCAGAUAUUGGUAGCUACACAUACAAGUAAAUCAGUAAUACAUUGUAGCUCGUUCUUUUGCCUAUUUUGUAACAUGAGAUCAUGACAUACAUGUAUUUACUAAAGAUUUUUACAUGGAAUCAAUGAUUGUUUUAAAAAGUGCAUUCUAAUGAAGAGAAACUUAAAGUCUUCCCCAACAUGGAAACUGAAAAUUGUCAAACAGAAUCUAGUCCCCUGUACAUGCUUUUUGUAAUGUAAAAAGCAAAAUUUCAAUUUUGAUAAUAUUUUUUAAUGUGUCUUUUUUCUUUCUUUUUUUUUUUUUUUUUGCUUUCCAUUAGAUAAUGCAGGUUUGUUUAUUUUACAUAAAAACACAAACAAUGAAACUAACUAAGCUGUCAUUUUAAUUAUACAUAUCAGGAGCACAAUAAAUGGCAGACUGGUUGUCAAUUUUAUCCCUCUUGACCUUGACCCUUGUGGUUAUAUGCCAGUAAGGGCAUCUUCCCAAGAUAUUUUCCAAGUUACUUCUCAUGCAUAGUGCUGUUUUGUUUGUAGAUGUCUAAAAUAAAGAUUUUGAUCAAUAUCAAA